AUGGAGGAGGGGAAAGUUGAGGCCAUCAAGAAGUGGGAUCCUCCCACUAAGGUUAUUGAGCUUCGAUCCUUCGUUGGACUUGUCAACUACUAUAGUAGAUUUAUAAAGGGAUACUUUACAAGAGCAUCCCCCCUCACCGACUUGUUCAAGAAAAACAGGACAUGGGAGUGGACAUCAAGGUGUCAGGAAGCCUUUAAUGAUCUGAAGACAACCGUCAUGGAAGAACCGGCUAACCUUGUUGCUGAUGCAUUAAGCAGGAAGAGCGAAAUUUCUGCUAUUACUCAAGUUCAAGGGGAGCUACUUGACAUAAUCCGUGAAGGCAUGGAGCAUAAUUCCUUAGCCAAGAACUUGGUAAACAUCGUUAAGGAAGAGAAAACUAAGAGAUUUUGGGUAGAGGACGGUCUUCUCUGCACCAUAAGGUAG